GUAUCAACUUGAUGGCAAACCAGUUUCAUCUGCAAAUUUAACAGCCCCCAAGAUCACACCGCAAGAUAUUUAAGAGCUUUAGUUAAAAAGCAAAUCAUUUCCAAAUUCCUGUUCUCUCACGGUGUCUUGAAACUAUCCUCAAAUUUCCUACUGCCACGACCUUGUCUCCAGGUAGGUAAAUGCCCACACAGUGGGCUCUUCUUUCCCAAGAAUGGGUGUAUUUCCAGUUUAGAGCACGCAGAAAUUGUCGGACAACCCCAACAGUCUUUGUGCUGCUGACAGAGGACUGCCACCUCUGGGGACCCAGCAAAGAGACUCAUCUGGAAGCUUUGUGAGCCACCAGCUUGGAUCAUGCAGUGUGCAGGGUCCCCACAGCAAGGCGUUCUGUGGCUGAGGCUAAAGGAAACAGAAGUGGUUGGUGUAAACACAGGCGGAACUGUCUCCCUCCUACCACCGGCUCACAUAAACCAUCGCCUCUCGCUACAAUUUCUCUGCACUCUGAUUAAUCCCGGGCGAUGAAAAAUGAACCUCUCCCCCACUCUUGCUGCCACCCUUCUCCUCACGCCCCCAGAGAAGAGUUUCUUCAUCCGGCAACUGGUGAAGGCUUUUUUCCAAGUCACAUGAUCCAGGAUGCAGGGGAAAAUCCUUCUUGGAACAGAGCUGGGUACAGAAUCGAAUCAGAUGAGGAGAGAUAAGGUGUGAUGUGGGACAGACUAUAUAAAGCAUGGAGCCAGGGCUGCAGCAAGCAGGCAACUGUGGGGCCCCUUCCCCUGACCCAGCCAUGCAGGUGCCGCCCGACUCGCUAACCAGCCCCUGGAGAAGCACGAGGCCCUGGAGAAGCACACAACGCAGCUACUUCUACCUCAGCACCACAGCACUGUUGUGCCUUGUGGCAGUGGCAAUCAUUCUGGUCCUGGUAGUCCAGAAAAAGGAUUCCACUCCAAAAACAACUGAAAAGGUCCCCCUUAAAGGAGGAAACUGCUCAGAGGAUCUCUUAUGUACCCUGAAAAGGACUCCAUUCAAGAAGUCAUGGGCCUACCUCCAAGUGUCAAAGCACCUCAACAGUACCAAGCUGUCAUGGAACGAGGACGGUACCGUCCAAGGACUCGCAUACCAGGAAGGGGACCUGGUAGUCCAGUUCCCUGGCUGGUACUUCAUCAUCUGCCAGCUGCAGUUCCAUGUGCAGUGCUCAAAUCAUUCUGUGGACCUGACAUUGCAGCUUCUCAUCGAUUCCAAGAUCCAAAAGCAGACACUGGUAACAGUGUGCGAAUCUGGAGUUCAAAGCAAGAACAUCUAUCAGAAUCUCUCUCAGUUCUUGCUGCAUUACUUACAGGCCAACUCUACCAUAUCAGUCAUGGUGGAUAAUUUCCAGUAUGUGGAUACAAACACUUUCCCUCUUGAUAAUGUGCUAUCCGUCUUCUUAUAUAGUAGCUCAGACUGAAUAGUGUGGCUCUUAACCUUUAUGAAAAUGCUGUUUACCAUAUAGUAGUUCAUCUGUCCAAACAUGGGCAAAAGAAAAUAUCAGGACAACUAAAACUAAGUGUAUGAGUUAGUGUACUUCUCCUUCUGUCCCUUGGAAAGAUGUACAAACCCAGGGGUUAGAAAGUGAAGUCUCCCUCAGAUGCACAGCCAGGAAGGAGUGUGGUGUGUGGACAGAGACCUACCUGAGCACUAGAUGGGGUCAAGUUGUCCCAGUAUAACCACUAAUUCACUGACCUUGAGCCAUUUUUCCUCCCUGUGGAACUUGGGGUUUGAAUCUGGAAAAGUAGGAGAUGGGAUUCACAUUUCCCCAACAUUUUCUUCAACUCAGAAGAGACUGUUGAGCUGAGUUUCCCAAGCAGAUGAAAACCUCCUGUAGCAUGAGGAAACUGAUGGUACGAGUCAUGUCUGUCUGAUUUGUCAUCUCAGCAAGUCAUAAGAAAUUCCGUGCUGCCUUGUUGAAUGAUACUUUAACCUCUUGUAAUGGGCAAGGUGAUCUUGUCUCUCUCACCUAGGGGAGUGGAUGCUGCCAUCUCCUGAGAUAUACAUGGAGAUAUUUUCUGUCUCAAAUUCCAUUCUGUGUGCAGUUUUUAAGUACACCCCCAAAAGAUGUUGAUAAUGAGAACCUUAAAAGUGGGAAGAACUUCUGGACAGCAAACAUGAACAGCUUCUCCUGACUAAAGAGGCCAUACAGCUAGAUCUCCUAGACUCAUCAAGCUUGUGGUUUCUAGAGCAUUGUGGGAGAGAGACUUUUGCCAAAUCAUUUGAGUUGAUGUGUGGGACCCUGGGAAUUGCUCAAUAAGGAAAGCAAGUCCUGCCAGCGCGGUGUGAGAAGAUGGAGUAGAAUAGGAGCUUCUCUGAUAGAAAGGAGAAGAGCAAAGUUUUCCAGAAAAAGGCUAGAAAGCAUUUCAAAGGAAAAGAAGAAAACCCAGCUUUUCUGAUAUGAGAGGAACUCAGAAAAACAAAACUGCAAAAGAAGAGUGGAUCUGUCCCCCUCCUCUUAGGUCUCCUCCUCUCUAGUUAUUGGGAAAAUGGUUGCAUGGUACAGGUCAGGUUCUGGUGUGUGGUAAAGUAGAAUCAGGCAUGGGGAUGAGGAGACCUGUCAUAUUUGUGUGUUGUACUCAAAUGAAGGGCAAACGCAUUUUAGAAAAGGCACCCGUAACCUAGUUAAGUGGGAAUUAAGCAAACAUUCUCCCAUUUCAGUUUCUAAGUCAAGAAUGAUUCCAUUUCGUUUAUCAUAGACUGUCCUCUAGGCAGAAGCCCCUGACUUUUGUACUAUAGUUCGAUCUUUUCCUAAUAACAAUCUGUCAAGCUGUGCUCAGAAAGUCAACCACUGAAGAUGGAGGGUUGGGCACUUGAUUUAAAAAAGUGAAAUGUAACAAAAUGAAAACAAAUACAGACAAUAAUUAUUAGUAAGUCUACUGGAGUAUAAAUAGGAAGUGAACAGUCCAGGAGUUUAAAACUAAACUAUGAUCCUUUGAGGGUUAGCCAGCCCCUUGCGGGAUUUUCUAGUGCAUCUGUAAUAAUUAUAUUUUUCAUUGAUGUGACAGAGUACCUGAUAGAUAAAACUGAAGAAAAAAUUUAUUUUGGCUUAUACUUUAAGAGAAGAUACAGUCCAAGAUGGCCAGAAGGCAAAGCAGUAGGAAUAUGAGGGAAUGGUCACGUUGAGUUCACAGUCAAGAAGUAGAUAGAGAUAGAUUCUGGUAUUCAUCUCUCAUUCCCUUUUUAUCCAUUUAUUCAGUCUGAGAUUCUAGCCAAUAAGAUAGUGCUACCCACCUCAGGAUGGGUCUACAAUCCUUAGGUGAAUCUCUCUAGAGACACUAUCACAGAAAUAACCAGGCACAUGUCUCCCAGUAGAUUCCAAAUCCUGUCAACUUGACAGUUAAGAUAAUUAUCACCACAUACAUGUAAGUAAGCGCAUCAUUUUUCUAACCAGAUGCUUAGGCUGCCUAAGACUCAUGUUUGCUUAGUGAAAAUUCAGUGAAUUUACAUACUAUGCAGUCAUAAACUUGAGAAAAAUUGUGUGUAAAAAGUUUAUGUAUAAGUUGAUGAAAUGUUUCACCUCUGGAGUGAGGUCAGUUAGUCCUGGUGGGGUUCCAGUUGUAUAGAAAUCCAGGGGACACCAAUCACUAUCCAGUCCUCAAGGACUUGCAUCCAGCCCCCUGACUCCAGCUCUGCUGUUUCUCCUCAGGCUUUCUUGGACACCUCACAGCCUUUGUGAAAAGUUUUAAGUCACAUCUCUCCAGCCCCACACUGAAGCAGCCCCAGCAUCCAGGAAAUCCUUGGGCUUCCUCUGUGUAUCCCAACCAUUUCAUCUCCAUCCUCUGUAAAUUUGGCCCAUAACUGAGUCACAGAAGAGGGCUAGAGCUAUAAUUUUAUGGCCCUCAGAACCAAAGGAGUUUAUGAUCAAGCCAAUACUAUUUUUAGAUUAAAAAUAAUAAAGCCUAUUGUUUAAUUUGAAUCUAUAUAGGUGUAUGUAUAUAUGUGUGUCUACACACAAAUAUAUGUGUAUGUAUAUUUCUCCAGUCAUGUUUUACACACCAUCUGCUUAACCUAGUUCAGGGGAGGAAGCCUGACUCUUGCUUUGGGAAUCGCAAAGCUUAUAUGUGUUCAUAUUUAUUUUUAAUUAAGAAGUAAAAAUAAUAUUUUCCUAGGCCUCAUCAGCUUAUUUAAUUAUUAUUAAUAUUUUUCCAGAUUUCCAUUUGCUUCAAGUUUUCUUAAAUAGAGAUAGAGCUUAACCAUACUCUUCCAUACCCCACUCCCUCUCCCAGGAGUCAUAACUGUUGUCUGGAAGUCUGCAACUGCCUUUCUUUUACGUAAAUUUACAUUUGUUUUCUAAUAAGAAUAUAUAGAACAAUUUUGCAUGCUUUUUAUUUUUUUAAUAAAACAUAUACUUUAUAUAACA